UAUUUUUACAGAAACUCAUCCAGAAUUAGUUACUUUAAAUACUAAUAUUUUAGAAUUACAAAAAGAAAAUAAUAAUAAUGAUAAUAUUUUAAUUAGUGAACUAUUUUAUAAUAUUGAUAAUAAUGUUGUUUCUGAAAUACAAAUUAACUAUUUUUAUAAAAUAUUUAAUCAAAAAUCUGAGUUUUUUGUUGAAAAUUUUGAUAAAAAACAAAAAGAACUUAUAGAACAAGAUAUUAAUACUUUUUGUCUUAGAUUUGAUUCAUUCAAAUAUUGCUCAACUUUAGAAUAUACAAAAAAAAUUAUAGAUCGUGAAGUUGCUAUAAAAAAAUGGAAAAAUAUUCAAAUAUUAUCAAAAAAUGAAAAAAAUAUAUUAUUAUUAGGCAUACUUAAUGCUUUUGUUAGAAAAGAAAAUAUUACUGAACAUGGAACAAAAAAAAAAUAUUUAACUAAUGAAUAUUUUUUUAAUGAAGAUCAUAUUGUUCAGAAGCAUUUUUAUUAA